AUGUCACACUUCUACUUGACUCCACAAAUUCUUCUGCCCUUUAGCCCUCUUACUUCUCAAGAGUUUAAUGUGAUCAGACGCAAGGCUGGAGCAUCUUGGCAGAAUGAAACAAGAUGGUCAGAUUCUUCUGUAACAACAUAUUUGGGCAGUUACCGGAGAAAACAACUGGAUGAGUCCAUGUGCAGCCGAUUUUCUUAUAAAGCAGGACAGCAUUGGCCUGAGUGUAACCAGUUGUCGUCGCCCAACUGCUCUGCCUGCAGCCCCACAGUCUGCAGGGCUGGUCCCCAGGAGACCACAGAUGCUAAAGGACUAUUCCCUAUUAUAACCAGUUCCUUUAAAAAGUCACUUGAUGUCAAGCACAGAGUGGCACACCAAAUUCUGUUUGGUGAUUUUUCUCCAGCAUCUCCAAAUUACAAAAAAUCAUAUGUGAAAAUGAAAAAGCCAGCAUAUGAGAACCUGAUGAACUACAAUCGACAAAGGAGAGACUUCCUGAAGUGUCUUCAGGUACAGUGUAAUUCUGCAAGCAAGGUUAGCUCGUCUGAAGACUCAGAAGCUGAUCAAUACUCCGUUUAUAAUCUGGGAGGGCCGUUAUCGUCAUUUAGCUGAAUCGGAAAACGAAGCCACAAAGCUGGAGGCCCGGAGUUUGCUUAAUUAACGACUUGGAGGUAUG